UGAGAUUCUGACUGAUUCCACAGCUGGCUCCCUUGAAGGUCCCUGGGGCUGACAGCAAUGCAACAGUGAGCUCUCCUCUCAUUAACUGCCUAUUCAGUCUUUACAUAGCAGCGCCAGUUGCCCUCACACUGAACUUGCACAGGAGACAGGAGCCCAGUUGAGUGGCCGGCAGCAAUGGUUGGCAGACUGAACCUGCAGGAUGUCCCUGAUCUGCUGGACAUGAAGAAGAAAGGUGAAAGAGUGUUGGACAGCCCUGACUCUGGGCUCCCCCCCAGCCCCUGCCCCAGUAACUGGCACCUGUCUGCUGUGGCAACUGAGAAAUCUCCUGAGCAAGACAUCUCUGGGCACAAUGCCCCAACAAAUUUGGCCCUCUCGUUAAGCCUAUCCAGCAGCUUCACACCAAGACUGUGCCCUUUAUCGUUCGGAGAGGGUGUGGAGUUUGAUCCGCUGCCACCAAAGGAGAUAAGGUACACCUCAUCAGUUAAAUAUGAUUCUGAGAAGCACUUUAUUGACAACAUCUACAUGCCAAUGGGAUUAGGCCUCUCCUCCUGCAGCCAAACUGUGAUCUGUGUCCCCAACUGUACAUGGCGCAACUAUAGAGCAGAAGUUCAUUUAGAACCCAAGAACAAACCCCAGAGGUUCAAGAGCACCACUAUUGUUUAUCCCAAGCACACUAAGGUUAUUUACACUACUACCCUGGAUUACAACUGCAAGAAGUGCAUGAGGCGUUUCCUAUCCAGCGUAGAGCUGGAAUCUGCCGAACACCUGGGCAAUGAGUGCUUCGGAGAUGAUUAUUAGUUAUAUUGUCUCUUUACUGCCAAAGUUUAAGAACCUAAUCAUUUUGGAAUUACUGGGACACUUUGAUCACAAUAAUUACAGUUGAGCAUUAAAACAGCUUUGACACUGAAAAUGGACCUUCUUCCAGAACACGGACUCAGUGUGAGACUUGAUAGGUUUGUGGUAAUGAGAUUAACGGUAGGCAAAGGUUUUCCUCUGUGGAUUGGUGGGAACUGGCACUCACUGCAAAUCCAUUACUAUGUGAGCCCUGAAUUCAUCUGCUUUGGACAUUUACAUACUUCUAAAAGGUUUUCUCACGACUGUGAAAGUUAUCAUUUAGAAGCUGGUAUUUCUCCAAAAAUAAAGAAAGAAAGAGAGAAGAAGAAAGAAUUAUUCGGCCUCUAUUUACAAAAGACUAAAAUAUUAUGUCAUAUUAUGCCUCCAAUAUCAUAUAACUGAACAAAGACUAAAAGUCCUGGGCUCAGAAUAUGUUUUGUCCUACAAGACUGAAAGUCAAAAGAAAGAUAAAACAUUUAACAGACAUAAUACCAAAUCAACCUUCCUCAUAUAUUAUUGUAAACUUAACAUGGAUAUGUUGAUGAUGGUGACGUGAAUUAAGUGGUAUGAGUAAAAAGUUGUUGAUUUUUUAAAACUUUGCUUACAUGUAGCCAUUGAGGUCGCUAAACCUAAUGCUGAAAUGGAAUUGUCACUUCUGGAAGAAAAGAAUUCAGUGCACCAUUGAGGCCUGAGAUGUGACAAAUUCCUCUCAUCAUUUACUGCAAACGGGUCAGGAUGCCUUGUCUUUAUUUCCCUAAACUGUGUUUUGUACAGAAAAUAAAGAUUAAUAUUCUUGCCACAAAUGUUACUGUAUGGAAUUUGCAGAAGGUGCCUUCUACAAAUACUGGCUGGUGUUUGCACCAGAAAAAUACAUAUCAUUAUACCAAAGAUACAAACAUGAGAUGCAAUAAAUAUUAUAUUACUGUGCAAUAA